AUGCUUGCAAAUGGUGUCGGCGCGACGGUUGCAGUGGGCGGUGGCAUUGGUUACAUCGCCUACCAGUUAAGGAACAAGUACAAACCGGAAGGCAUUACUGCCAGCGAUGAAGCGAGUCCUUCCACUGUGGAGAUCCCAGCACUAUCCGUGACGCGGGACACGCCAACAGAGGCUAUCGCCUCUGAUACGACACCCACGGACAACGUUGCAGCUGUCCUGAAGGGAAAUGCGGCUCUACUUAACGAGCAGGAUCGGGCCCUGGUCUCCCAGCUGCUGGACCUGGACCAGGCGCACCUCUUUGAGGGUUGGCCAGAGCUAGGCAUCGAUGAUGAGGGUAAGCGGCGGCUGCUGGCACAGCUGCUGUUGCUGGACGCCAGCUACCACGGGGGCCUUGCGGCGUACGUGAGUAACGCCAGGAAGCUGUUGCAGGACUCCAGAGAUGGUGUUAACUCGUUCGAGGGCUACAUCCCGUCCGUCCCAACGGGCGCCACCCUGGACUUCGCCUCUCCCGAGUUCAUGGCCCUUGAGGGCGAGGGCCUGCGGGAAGCGGGACAGGCGGCGUUCGUGCUAGUGGCAGGGGGCCUGGGCGAGCGGCUAGGGUACUCUGGCAUUAAAGUGGCUCUUCCCUGCGAGUCUGCCACGUGCACCCCCUUCCUGGGUCUGUACAUCUCCUCCAUUUUGGCGUUGCAGGCCAGGUCGGCGGGUGGGCGGCGCCUGCCACUUGCCAUCAUGACCUCGGACGACACUCACGGCCGCACGCUGGAGCUGCUGAGGAGGAACAAGUACUUUGGGAUGGAGGAGGACCAGAUUACGUUGCUCAAGCAGGAGAAGGUGGCCUGCAUGAUUGACAACGCCGCCCACCUGGCUUUGGAGCCGGCCGACAGGUUCGCGGUGCAGACCAAGCCACAUGGGCAUGGUGACGUUCACAUGCUGCUGGCCAAAUCGGGACUGGCGGCGCAGUGGCUGCAGUCGGGACUUAAGUGGGUUUGCUUCUUCCAGGAUACCAACGCGCUUGUGUUCCGCGCGCUGCUGGCCGCCCUGGGUGUGUCUGCCCGCAACGACUUUGACAUGAACAGCUUGGCGGUGCCGCGCAAGGCACGGGAGGCCAUCGGCGCCAUUGCCCGCCUCACCAGGCCUGAUGGCUCCGCACCUCUGACCAUUAACGUGGAGUACAACCAGCUCGACCCGCUGCUGCGGAGCACCAUUAGCAAGGAGGGAGAUGUCAACGACGAAUCGGGCUACUCGCCCUUUCCCGGGAACAUCAACCAGCUGGUCCUGAAGCUCUCGUCCUACGUGCCCCAGCUGGCCGCCACCGGUGGGGUCAUCUCGGAGUUCGUGAACCCGAAGUACAAGGACGCCACCAAGACCGCGUUCAAGAGCAGCACCCGCCUGGAGUGCAUGAUGCAGGACUACCCCAAGGCGCUACCCCCGACCGCCAAGGUGGGGUUCACCACCAUCAAGCAGGUGUGGGCCAGCUACUCCCCUGUCAAAAACUCCCCUGCGGAUGCGGCUGCCAAGUUCAGGGAGGGCAACCCCACCCACAGCGCCACUACGGGCGAGCUGGACAUCUACAAGGCCAACUGUCUAUCCCUGGCUGAGGCAGCGGGCCUGGUGGUGCCCUCCCCGCUGCAGACCGCCACCUUCAACGGCAUCACCACGGAGCUCUACCCCCGGGUGGUGCUGUCACCCGCAUUUGCGCCCUCGCUGGGGGAGCUCAAGUCCAAGGUAGCUCCCGGCUCUAUCUCCCUGACCCCUGGGUCAGUGCUGGUGCUGGACGGCCCUGACAUCUCAGUACGCGGCCCUCUGGUGGUUGUGGGUGCCCUGGUGGUGCGGGCGGUGGCUGGGGCAGUGGUGGAGCUUGGGCCCCUGCAGGUGGACAACAGGGGCUGGAGCUGGGAGCCACUGGCGGAGGGAGAGCCGGCCAGCGAGGAGGAGCGCAUACGGGGCUUUAAAGUGGUACGCCAUGAGACUAUGGAGCUUGUAUACGAUAACCCGGGGACAUACGUUGUCCCAGCACAUGUUCAGCAGCCGCAAGCAGCCAAGGCGGAAGGGGCACCGUCGACGCCUGAGCCAGAAGCGGACCCGGCCACAGAGGCGGAGGAGGUGGAGGCUGCGCCAGCGGCCGCAGAAGCACUGGCGGCGCCAGCCACGGUGGAUGAGAAUGAUGAGGAGGACGACGCGUCUGCCGAGGAGGUUGCAGAGGCGCCUGCGGUGCCCGCUGCAGCCGAGGCUGCUCCUCGCCCUCCAACAACUCAAGCAGCAACUCUCUUGGCCUCGUCAUCGGGCUUGUCACCCGCAGCCAAGCCGUUUGUGCCUGGCAGCAGCUUUAAUGCUAGUUCCAGCAGCGGUGUGGCCGCAGCGCCUGCAGCUACAACGCCAGUGACGCCGGUUGCCGCGGGGAGAGCGCAACCAUUGGCGGCAUCCCCACCAUCCGGUAGCAAGUCGAGCAGCAAGAAGAAGAAGUCAAAGGGCGGGAAGGGGUCGGCAGUCGCAAAUGGUACCCUGACCAUCUUGUCCAGCGACAUGCCCGACAGCCCUGUCUCCGGAGCCGUUGAUGGGGGCAGCGACAUGAUCUACUUCCUCCACCAGCCUGAAAGCCUUAUGCUGUACGACCUCGACAUGCCCCCCGGUGUCGUACACGGCACGCUUGCAUCCGGCGAGCGGGUCAUCGUCAGUGGCCGGCUCACAUCCCUUGACCGAAUCCAGGUGGAGUUCAUUGCGGUAGCGCCCCCCGAAACUGUUAUCGUGUCGCGCUCUUUCACAGCGGCGGCGGUGGACGCCGGCUCGGUGGCGGCGGCAGCCGCCGCCAAUGCGGCGGAAGCUGCAGCAGCAGCCGCCCGCGCCGCCGCCACUGCGGCAGCGUUUGCAGGGCAGGUCCAGACGGCUGCGUUGGUGAGUAUGAGUAGCAGCGCAAUUGUUGCGCCGUCCGAUGGCCCUAUCAAGCCAGCCAUGGCGGCAGCGCUGGCGGCGUCUCUGACCUUCACGCGAGUGGUGACGGAGGUACCGGUGUUAUUCAUGAUUCUAAGCGUCUGCGACUACGGACCUGCCGUCACGAAGCAGGAGCUGGAGCGCGUCCUGUUCGCGGGUCCGGGCAGUGCCAGCCUCACAUUGGAGGGCUAUUACUACGAGUGCAGCCGAGGCAAGUAAGUGGCGGAGGAACGGGGCGGGCUGCGGCUGGGAGGUGCGGAGGGACGCGGUCGUUGGGGAUGAAACCGGUAUGCGGUCCUGAGUCCACCAGGCCAAAGCCGCAUGGUAUGUAUGUAUAUAUGUAUGUAUGUGUGAGAUGAUGCAUGUGAAGGGAAAUCUUGUAGAGUUUACACCUUUUGGAGUUGCACGGAGCCGGGGUGCCGAUAGCUAUGUUGUCGAUUUGUGUGUGGACGGGCAGCCGGGUUUCCCCUAGGGGGUGCGGAGGUGGAUGGGUGUGCUGUGUUGGAGGGGUGCACAUCCCCUCAAAGGUGGGUGGGCGGCCAGAUCGGGGUUAUGAUUCCCCGCUGUCUGGCCUCCUACAUGGGAUUUCCUUAGGUGGGAUUUGGCGGACUGCUCCUGCUGACCGGCUGUUCACCGGGUCUCGUCCUCCUCCGCCGCUCCCUCCCCUCAUCUUUGACUCGCGCUACGGGGCCCCGCAUUCCCUCCUCCCACAGAACUUCCCCAACAGAUCAUCACCCCACUAAAGAGCCCAAUCCAAUCCUCUUAAGACCAUUAACCCCUAAAUACUCCCCCCCUCUAGCAGCUUCCCCCCUGGCAGCAGCUUAACU